CCACUCGGUCCCUUUGGGUCGCCUCCAGGAACUGAGGGGCCUGCUCUCGUCCCUGGGGCUCGAGUGUCAGGCUGUGGGGAGGGAUCAGGGCUGCCCGACGACCGGGCCCAGGGCAUUCGUCCUGCCCGGGCCGGGUCCCGGGGGCAGCCCCCUGCGCGUGGCUGUCUAAGCAAAUGCCUGCGCCCACGCCGCGCCCACAACAUGCUUCCCUCUCUUUCCCUACCCCUGCCAGACUUGUGAACGCGACCCAGAGGGAGCCGGCCUGGACCACAUUGGGCCGAGACUCGAGGGGCAGGAGCGGCAGUCCGACACGUCUACUGGGAAACACGUUGCACUGAAACCGAGGGAAAGGAGUGAUCAAGGAAGCGAAGCCAGGCCUCCAGGCACCCCGGAGGGAGUUCAAUGUACGGGCUAGAGGCGAGGGAGGUGGCCCAGGAGGGCAAGGGGGGAAGUAGCGGAGCCCGGUAAAGAAAGCGCGCGGCCGCGACCCGGAGCGGUUUAAAACGAAGGCAGAGCAACGCUCCCAGGAGCCUCAGCCAGAGGUUACUUCCCGAGCCGGGCGGGGCCGGGGAAACUGACACCUGCCGGGCCCUUGCAGGGAGGGGCGCUCUGCGCAGGCGGGCUGGCCGGCGGCCCCACGGACGGCCGGAACUCGCUUUUCGCGGAGCCUAGUUUCCGGCGGUUCCCUUCCGGCAGCCGGCGUCGCCAUGGCGCUGCCGGCAGCGCUGCUGCUGGCUCCCUUGGCAGGCCUUGGGCUGUGGUUGCUCUGGGCCUGGGCCUGGAGCUGCUCGGGGCGGACGCGGGGCGUGAGCGGGGAGCCGGGGCAGGUGGGGUCCGGGAGCAGGGCCCUGCUGGUGAUCGCGCACCCGGACGAUGAGGCCAUGUUCUUUGCCCCCACACUCCUGGGCCUGACCCGGCUGAGGUACCGGGUCUCCCUGCUCUGCUUCUCCGCAGGCAAUUACUACAAUCAAGGGGCGGUUCGUAAGAGAGAACUUGUGCAGAGCUGUGAUGUAUUGGGGAUUCCACCCUCCAGUGUAACAAUUAUUGACCACAGACAUCUCCCGGAUGACCCGAAAGUACAGUGGAACACAGAGCUCGUGGCUAACCUUCUACUGAAGCACAUCAAGGCCAACAACAUUGAUCUGGUGGUGACAUUUGACACGGGUGGGGUCAGCGGUCAUGCCAACCACAUCGCCCUUUACUCUGCAAUAAGGUUCCUGCAUUCCACAGGCAAACUACCCGAAGGGUGCUCAGUCCUUACGUUGGAGUCUGUGAAUAUACUGCGGAAAUACAUGUCCAUAUUGGAUUUGCUUUUCACCUGGUCACAAACCCAAGAUGUCCUCUUUGUGCUAACCCAGAAAGAAGGAGAGCAGGCCAAGAAGGCCAUGCUCUGUCACAAGAGUCAGCUCCUCUGGUACCGGUACCUGUACAUCACAUUCUCCCGCUUUAUGAUCAUCAACUCGCUGAACUUCCUCUAACACUGCAGAGAGCCUGGAGCACCGAGGAACAAAGGCAGAGCAUUCCAAGACAGGGCUCUCUCAAGCCCUGACCCCGACCUAGCUCCGGAAGCCUGGGGGUCCAUCUACACCUGGGUCAGUCUACAACUGUUCGUUUCCCAAGGUAAAAGAAGGACUCCAGGAAGUAGACAGCAGAGGUCAUCCCCACUGAGCUGUCGUAGGCAAUAAGCAUCUGCCCUUCUCCACGCAGCCUGGGACUGACUGUACCAAAAAGCCUGAAUCAAUGGAGAACUGGACAGACCUGAGCCCUUCAGCUCAGUGAUCUUCUAUGAUCCGAGGCCUGAUAAUACGGGAGGGAACGGACAAAGGGCCAGUCAAGUGAGGGGCCGAGGGCUGGUUCCUUUUCUUUCUCCAGUAAAGCUUUGAUAUU